CGCCCGACCACGCGCGAAACCGAGGAUCCCAACCUCCCAAACCAUUUCCGCCCACGCCUCUUCCUCCGUCUCUCCGCUCUCCCCCCUUCGCCUGCAAGCCAGCCAGUCUCCGUUCGCCUCCCCUCACCCCCAAUCGCCCACGAGGCACGAGCCAUGCCGCCGUCGAUCACCUGCACGGUCAAAUGCCGCCCCAACCCCCGUCUCGCCCCGCAGCCACCCGCGGCGGCGCUGGAGCUCCUCGCCGCCCGCGGCGCCCCGGCUGCCACCGAGCUGCGGGCGGCGUCUACUCGGUGCCGGACCCCGCUGUCCCUGUCCCUCUCGCGCUCCGCUGACCCCCCGGAGCCCCGAGCGCCGUGCCGCGGCGCCCCGUCCGCCAGGCGGGCCCGCGCCGCCGUCGCGGCUGGGGGAGUUGACGGCGACGGAGACCCUCCCGCGCUUAUGCUCGCCGGCGCGCUGUCGCGGUACGCCAUAUUCCGCGACGAUCUCGUGCUGAGGGCCUUCGCCGCCGCCGAGGCAGCUCACCGCGGCCAGGUGCGCGCGAGCGGCGAUCCCUACCUGGAGCACUGCGUGGAGACGGCGGCGCUGCUCGCGGACCUCGGCGCCGGCCCUGCAGUCGUCGCUGCCGGGCUGCUGCACGACACGGUCGACGACGCCGGCCUCGACUACGGUUUCAUCUCCAAGCAGUUCGGUGCUGGUGUCGCCGAUCUUGUUAAGGGGGUUUCCAAUCUAAGUCAUUUCAGCAAAAUGGCUCGUAGAAACGAUACAGCCAGUAGAAUGGAUGAAGCUGACAGGUUACGUACAGUGUUCCUUGCAACGGAAGAUGCAAGAGCUGUGCUUAUAAAACUUGCUGACAGGCUACACAACAUGAGGACGUUGGAUUCUUUGCCCAAGAUCAAACAGCAGAGCUUUGCAAAGGAAACACUGGAGAUAUUUGCUCCCUUGGCGAAUCAGUUGGGCAUCUUGAAUUGGAAGGAACAACUUGAAAAUCUGUGCUUCAAGUAUCUUUACACAAAUAAAUUUGAUGAACUGUCAACCAACCUUCUCGAAUUCUACAACAGAGAUAUGAUUGCAGCUGCAAUAAGGAGACUGGAACAAGCCCUUGACGUGAGAGGAUUAUCCUAUUAUGCGGUAUAUGGGAGACACAAGAGCAUUUACAGUAUCCACAGCAAGAUGGCAAGGAAGAAACUGGCAAUGGAUGAAGUUUAUGAUAUACAUGGGGUGCGUGUUAUAGUUGAGAACAGAUCUGAUUGUUUUGCCACAUUAGAGCUUGUGCAUCACUUGUGGCCUCGAAUUCCCGGGAAGUUCAAAGACUAUAUCAGCAGCCCCAAAACAAAUGGGUAUCAGUCCCUGCACACAGUUGUGCUCACUAAAGAAAUGCUCCCCCUGGAAAUCCAAAUUCGUACUAGGGACAUGCAUUUGCAGGCAGAGUUUGGAAUUGCUGCACAUUGGAGAUACAAGGAAGGUGUUCGAAAUUGCUCUUCAUCUGUUCCUGAAAUGGUAGAGUGGGUUAGAACGGUGGUUACAUGUCAGUGUGAAACUUUGCACAUUGAGCAUCCUUCAUCACUUGCACCUGACACUUCACCAAGUAACAUACACACGAUUAGGUCGCACUCCGAUGUCUGUCCGUUCUCUUAUGCCAAACAAUGUGACCACAGCGGACCGGUUCUAGUAAUACUUCUGGAGGAUGAAAAGAUGUCAGUGCAAGAACUCCCCAAAAAUUCAACAAUUUCGGACCUACUUAAGAGAUCUUCUAACUACGGCGUGCCAUUGAGGCUGAACUGCCAAGCAGUCUACAACUGGAACCAAGCGCUAAAAAUGGGCGAUGUUCUUGAACUGAUUCCUUCAACUCCAUGCAAAUCUGAAAGUUAUACGAGGGAGUUCCACCAAAUGUUUGAUCACCGUCUCCCCGUUUCUUAGUCCUAACAUGCGUAGAUUACAGAUUACUGUACCUUGUAAAUACAUGACGUGACACCCCAUGUAAAUCAUCUGAAGUGUAGCUUCCCCUGAACUGACAACAUAGAAACGAAAAGGGUCAACAAAGAAAAGUUGAGAGUAACCCGUGUGUAUGGUAUACUCUUGUUUCAGUAGAUUGGACCAAAGGUAGCCUGUGAAUUUGCUCUGCAUCGAUAUGUAUACAGUAUACUUUUGUUUCAAUGAAGUAGAAGAAAGUUACCAUGUAAAUACUUCAGACAUUGUAUCAAUUCUUUUGAGAAAGAAGCCCUGCAACUUGUGGUGA